UUACAGUACAUCUCCCAUCGUUAAACUAGACCACAUCAAACAUGAAGACCUUUCUCGCAGUCUGCCUCUUUGCAGCUUUUCUCGGGUGCAAUGCGGCCAUCACUAGAUUCGUAUGUGAACAUAAAACCAUGAGCAUCGACUGUGGCGACCACAAGAUUAAUAUUCUCUGUGCCAGCUACGGACGUUCUGUGCCCUAUAACCAACGCUGUUGGCACUCGAGCAGCAUCCAAGACACGUCGUGCAUUGCGCAAUCAUCAAUAUCUAAGGUCAACCAGCUUUGCGAUGGAAAGAAGUCGUGUAAUGUCCAGGCUAGUAACGGUGUUUUUGGUGACCCCUGUUAUGGAACAUUCAAGUAUCUGGAGGUCUCGUACGAGUGUGAGUACUAUGGUUUAAAAUAUUUGAAAUUUAGAAUUAUGGCUGGGCGUCUGGGGACCGGCAACAGCCAUCGCAGUUUUCAUAUAAGUUUCUUUAUAUACGUAGGCCUAACGUUGUUUUCACUUUGUUUACUUACCUUGUUUCCUUUCCUUUUUCUUUCUUAUUAGGUUUUCUUACUUUUC